AUGGCUCCCACUCACAAGAUUGCUGUCAUCCAGCUGCACCCGAAACCUCUUCAUGUCGAACAGAAUUUUCAGAAAGCAGCAAAUUUCAUCAGAGCAGCCUCUUUGCAGGGUGCUGAGCUAGCCGUACUCCCCGAGUACCAUCUCACAAACUGGCUUCCAAAUGACCCAAAGUUCAAGGAAUCUUGUGCAAACUGGAAGGACUACCUUGAGAAGUACCAAGCUCUGGCCAAAGAAUGCAACAUCUGCAUCGUGCCUGGCACCAUCGUCGAGCUGCACACAGACGCCGAGCAUGAUAGCACUGGCAUCCUCACCAAGGAGGACGAGACCAGCGAGCGUCUCCUCAAUGUCGCAUACUUCAUCUCAAACACAGGAGAGAUCCUCGGAAAGUAUGUCAAGAAGAAUCUCUGGGGCGAUAUUGAGCGCGGCCACUUGACGAGUUCUUCGCACGACCCUCACCCCGUGUUCGAUACCCCAUUCGGUAGAGUCGGUAUGUUGGUAUGCUGGGACCUAGCUUUCCCGGAAGCCUUCCGCGAGAUGAUCGCUCAAGGCGCCAAACUUUUCAUCAUUCCAACCUUCUGGACACUAAAUGAUUGCUCUCCCAAAGGCUUGGCCAGAAACCCUUCCGCCGAGGCAGUCUUCCUAGACUCCAUGCUCACAGCUCGCUGCUUCGAGAACACAUGCGCAAUCGUGUUUGCAAAUGCUGGAGGUCCGCCAGGAAAAGGCUAUGCUGGGCUGUCGCAGGUGUGCGCUCCUUACGUAGGCCCCAUCGUACGCUUGGGCAGUUGUGCAGAGGGUAUGGCAGUCGUGGAUUUGGAUAUGCAGAUUGUGGAGGAUGCGGAGGAGAACUACCAAGUCAGAGCCGAUCUUGCGAGGGGGGACUGGCAUUAUGAUUACCGUCACACCAAGGACAAUGAUUCCAAACUUUGA